CUUUGACCGAUAUAAGCGAGUUUUCUCGCCCGGCAGGUCAAUUACAGGGCCCGUCAUGUCAGUUAAAUGCAUCCGCACCCUCGUCCCCCUUUUGUAGUGAACCUGUUUUCUCGUCUCCUCACAAGCUCAGGCAGACGAAUACGCAGCAGUACCUCUCAUUGUCGAAUACUACCAUGCAUUUCCUCCUCCUCGGUGCCACUGGGCGCACCGGCAAGCACGUCGUAUCUGAAUUACUCUCUCAAGGUCAUACAGCGGUAGCCCUCGUCCGUACCGCUGGCAGCCUCUCCCCUCGUGCUGGCCUCACCAUCGUCACUGGCUCGCCACUAUCAAAGUCGGACAUACAAACCGCUCUCUCCGCGGCGUCUUCCUUGAUACCUUCUGCGGCCAUCAUCACGUUGAACGCAGUCCGCAAGUCCGAGAGCCCUUUCGCGUCCCAGCUCUCACCUCCUCGCUUCCUCGCCGACUCGUGCGCCAAUGUUUGCGAGGUUAUGGGGAAUGCCGGCAUCCGACGCAUUGUAGUCAUGUCGACAGCAGGUGUCGGGGACUCAUGGGCUAAGCUACCGUGGCUUUCCAAGGCAUUUAUGGGCUGGACUAACGUCAAGUACGCACUCGAGGAUCAUGACCUCGUAGAUAAGGAGAUUCGGUUGACAAAGAUGGAUUGGACUCUUGUAAGGGCUUCGAGGCUGGAAUUUGACGAUCCGAAGAAGCAAAAGCCGGCCGACACCAAGGCAGACGUGCAAACGCUGGGCAGCAACGGUGUCGGAAUGCGCAUGGCCGACAGCGUGAGUGUGUCUAGUGCGGCGAGAUUCCUGGUCAAGGUUGCAGUCGAAGGACUCUUCAUCAAAGAGGCAGUAGUUAUAAGGGAUUGAUGCCGCCGAGGAAGUCGUCAAAUUGGGAGAGUAUUGGGGAAUAUUGCUGUGACGGAAGAAACUUAGGGUUAAGACAUGUUUGAUGAAAGAGGCACUAAUAGCAGGAAUGAAUUAAGAGCUUGAAAUAAUAGAAAAACACUUCCAAAU